ACGGUACGCGCGGUUUCUUUAAACAUGGAAGUGAUGUCAAUGUCAUCAUAACGUUAAAAACUCUUCAGUCUAGCAGUUGUUUCCUUGUUUGAACCAUUUCAUCAACUGAUUUGCAGAACUUUCGGGGGCCCCUAGGCCUAACCCUUCCAUCGUGUACCCCCAGUGCAAUAUCAGCAGACAUGGCUAAGUCCAAAGGAAAACCAAAGAGACAGAGGGAAUCACUUCCAGAAGAAAACCCUACAUCAACUGAGGGUGCAGUGAAAGCUAAAAGAGCAAGAACAAGUGCUGACAAGGGCAGGUCUAGUAAUGUGGCUCCUGUUGUUGACAAAUCAACAUUUGGAAAGAUGGUAAUGGAUGCUGGAUUCUGUCUUAUUGCUGGAGAUCAUCCUAAUCAACUCAAUGUAGACCAAGUGAUGUUUCAGAAAAAGCUGAGGAAAUCAGUCAAGUCUAGGAUGAAUGUAGAAGAGACAGUUGAAGAAUUUAUAUCAGGUCUCCAAAAUCAUAUUGAGGAUCCAGUCAGGUUCAAAUACAGUCUUCUCCCAACUUCCUCCUCUGCUGAAUGUGAGAGCGCCAGGGGAGGGAAUCAGGAUAGUCUCAUGAGAUUGAUUCUUGCCAUUGAUGAGCUACAGCCUGCUCUGGUCAAUAUGUUGCUUGAAAAGCUGCCUGAAUUCAUGGGAGAAGAAGAUAGCAUGUUUGACUACAGUGAGGCAGUGGACUUACCUAAACUAAUUCUCAACCAGUUUCAUUGGAUGGACAAUGUUAUCAACAGCAAGGAGAUGACAGAUAAGAUGCUUGAGAUGGUUGAGAUAUCAUCUCCAUCGGUCCAGAGAGAGAUCAUUGCUUGCGUUCCAGAAGUAGUUAGUGAUCAAGAACAUAGUGAGCUAGCUAACAGAUUGAAAAAUAUGUUAGAAUGUAAUUCUCAGCUGACUGUACCAAUCAUUGAUGCCUUGGAUAACCUCAACUUAACUCCAGAGCUUCUUAGAGAGGUUCGCAGUUCAGCUCUACAGAGUCUUGUAUCUGCUGAUCUAGAUGACUUACCUGUUGUUAUCAAGUUUAUUCUCCAGUCUGUGUCUUCUACUGACUCUUUGGAGGUUAUCAGUGAACUAAGAAGGAACUUGGAUUUCCACACAUCUCUUCCACCAUCUUCCGCAUCUACACCCUUUGUGAGAUCAUCUACCUCGGGGAAUGCAUCAAGUCAUAAGAAGACUGUUGAUAGUGAGAUGCUGAUCCUAGAAACCAUCAAAUCAACAAUGAGAUUCAACAAAGUAUUAGCGGAUGGAUGGCAGAAGGCUAUUGAGAAUGUAUCUGAUGCAGUCGGUCACAAGGUUCUCGAUAUAUUUGUACUUCUCAUAUCUCAUGCUGUGGCCAAUAGAAAGAAAUCUGUUGAAGCUGUGUUCAGACAUAAAGUACGCAAAGGACACUUCACAGAAGAACUGCUUCAAGCAACAUUCACUUCACAUGCCAAGGUGAUAAGAGAUUAUUUAGGAUCACUGCUGUGUAUUGCAGAGAAACUAUUGAGAUCGCCUGAGCCUCAAGUCAGUCAGUUUGGAUCUAAGGUCUACCAAACGGCAUUCAAUGCAUUUGAUGUUUAUAGUAAACAGGAGAUUGUAGGAGCAUUGGUAACACACAUUGGCAGUGGUUUAUCAGAUGAGAUGGACUCUGCGCUUGACAUUCUCUCGUAUCUUGCAGCAUCCCAUACCAAGGAUCUUGCACCUUUUGCUGUUUUCAUCAAAGGUGUUCUUGACUACCUAGAUAACUUAUCAAUGACCCAGGUCAAAAAACUCUUCUCAGUUCUAGCUAUCUUAGCAUACAGAGGUGGUAGCUCUGGAUCUACACUCCAAGAUGAGUUGCAGAUUGUUGUUCGUAAGAAUCUAACAAGCAAUAGUCCCAAGUACAAGCGCAUGGGAGUGGUAGCUGCCCUAAUGGUUAUACAGAACAUGGCUAGGAAAGGGAUUGAUUCUGGGAGUGGUAAGCAAGCUCUAGCAUCAUUACCUCAGGAUAUCUUCAAGCAAGUGAUAGGUCUUCUUGAUCUGGUCAAAUCAAGCUGUGGUCAAGCACCUGAGGCUGCUGCUCUAUUCUUUGAUGAAUUAGCAAACAUUGUUCAGAAGGGUGACUUACAUCCUAAGAUACUGGAAACUGUCGGUGAGAACAUCCUUGAUGAUUUUCAAACAGACUUUGUGGUUGAUAUUGAAGCUGAUGCCGCCACUGUGAAUUAUGGCUUACCAAUGGGUGAGAUGUACAGUAUGGAGGGGGAGGAGUCACAAGGGGGUGUAGCCAUCAAUCUCCUCCCACUUAUUUACAAGGCAGAGAAAGACAAACAGAAGACUGUUGCUCCAAACAAGAAGGCACAAAGAUGUGUAUCCCCAGCCUGUCUGGCCCCACAUUUCCGUUUACUUCGUUUCUGCGAGCAAGCUCAACAUGAUGGUAGCUUAGAAGGGAUUGAUGCUCUCCUUGGUUGUCCUCUAUACUCAUCUAAAGAUGACCUGGUUGCUAAGAUACAAUCACUAUCCAAACAAGAGAAAGAACUCAUGUCUACCAAUCUCUUCCUCUGCAUCAACUGGUUUCGUGAAGCAAUCAAUGGUUUUGCAACCCUUCAAGACCCAGAGAUGAGAGGCAAGGUGUUGGGAAGACUACAAAACAUCACCAGACUACAAGAACUCCUAGAAACAUGUCUUGAAGCUACUCCAUGUUUCAUUCCUCCCAUUGCUCAUUUUGAUUGUGAGCAGCCUCAGACGAGUCCAUUAAUGACAGCACAGAAUUCAUCAUCAUCAAGUAAAGGUGGCAAGAAAGGAAGGAAACCUAAAGAUGAUAAAAAGAAAGGAGAUGAAGAUACAAGUGAAAGCACAGUCCUGACAGAAUACAACUAUGUCUCACAGGAGAAUAACAAACCAAAUGAUACCACAAUGGCUGAUCCUAUGAAGGAAGGAUCUAAGAAGAGUAACAAGGAUGCACCUAUCAUUGACUGGUCUAGGUCUAGAGCAUUCUUUCGAGAGCUGGAUUUAGAUGUUUUCUCUGUUCUUGGUUGUGGGCUUGUAUCAAGGACUAUACUAGACACAGAGAUGAAUACAAAGGAGGUACAUGUCUUGCAGCUUCAACCUCGUGAGUUAGAGUUUCUCCUUCAAGAUCUCAAUAGUAAACUAGAUCACGCCCUUCCUGCCUCACUUGGAAGGAGAACAUUUCUAAAGUCUAAAUGGGACAAGACGAUUGGGUUCUCACACUUGGACCAGCUCAGCCCGAAACAAGUGGCCAAGAAAGCUGUCAAAAUGUUACCCUUGCUCUGCCAGCAUCUGGAGGCAACCAGUGGAUUCUUUCAGACUUUGAUGGCUCAGAAUGAUGGUAUGAUAGACGGUCCAGGAUGGAAUACAGAAGAAGCUCAUCAGAUGGGACGAUGUCUUCAUCUCUUACUCCAAGCCCUUCUUGCUCUCUUCUCAUGGAGUGGCUUUGUAUCAUCAGUAAAUCAAUCUAUCUUUGAGGAAGCAAUGGCUACUCUCAGCUCUCGUAUUACUGAUGCUGGCAAGACUUCCUUUACCUUCACUCAAUCUCUUAAACAUGCUGCUCAUUACAUAGAGAAUUUCUCUGGUACUGUACCCAAUCUUGCCAUCGGUGUAACUAUCCUUAAAGUCAUGGUUAGCAUCAACAACAAAGGACCUACACCUGCUGCUAACAAGAAAAUAGCAACCCUUGCUGAAUCUAUGUUAAAGAGAGAUUGGUUAGAUGAAGAUGGUGUUAGAGAGAAAGGAGCCAAAUACAAUGAGCUUCUUCAGACAGUCAUUGAGAUCUACUUGCAUCAUAGUGAAGAUUCUUUAUCAUCUGUUGAGAUGCUAUGUACAGAAGCCUUACCUGAACUUGAUCCAUCAGAUAAGAAUGUAGCAUCAGCUCUCUUCCCAACCCUCAAUAGGUAAGGAUAUACAUUUAAUACUUCUAACAUUUCCUAAUACUUUUCCCUAUGAUUUUUUUUUUACGUUUCAAGUUCAGUUUAAAGUUUCGAACCAAGUCUUAUACUUGCAUCAUUGUUCAAUGCUCCAUUCAGCUUUGCAAAGCACCUUUUGUAUCUCAAUACUGUUUUUUUUUUUACCCCAUUCAAUUCAAUUACCAACAAUCCCACUCAACUGUGCCCGUGGAUACGCUUUUGUUCUUCUUUGUCUCUCUUUCUGUCAGUUUAAUAUGGUUUUUCAAACUGCUGAAUCAACUUCAUACCAUCCCCCAAUCAAAUGUUUCCUUUUUUCUAGUUAUCUUUGCAUGGUUGGGUGGAGUAGGGUUGCAAAAUUCCCAGGAAUUUUCGUGGUGGAAACUUUUCAUGGGAAUAAAUGGGAAUUUGGGGAAUUUUCAGGAAUUUUCAAGAAAUUUUUGGAAUUUUCAAGAAAUGGUGGACAUUUUCAAAAAGUAUAUAUACAGGAAUUAAAAGGAUUACCCUGGCAGAUGAUGCUUGAUUGUGCUUUGUCAGCAAGUUUCAAGCCAAAUAUUAUUCUAAGAUGGUCAGACAAGGCAGAAUUUCAAUGAAUUUCAUGUAAAAGUUGAUUUACUGUAUUAGUGGCUGAAUGGUACAUGCGAUGACAAUACAUGUACACUGCAAAUGCUUUACACAAGAGAUAUACAUUGUUCAUUGAAUGAUGCCUAUUGGAUUUUCUGAUCUUUUUGCAGAUUAUGAGAAUCAUUAAUGAUUAUAACAUUAUUGUUGUUAUUAGCAUUAUUAUUUUAUUAUCAUAACUUUAUUUCUCAUUUAUUUCUGCAUAGCAGAAGUAAGAACUUGGUGCUGUUUGCGUUGUUAAUUGAUGAUUACAUGUAUAAAUACAGAUUGCUGGUUCAAGCUUAAAGUUCAAUUAAGCCUCUCAGACAGAAAGAUUUUGUUCAUUAUUUUCAAAAUACUAGAUCAAAUUAAAUGAAACUGAUAUGACUUUGUCAUUUAAUAUUACAAAAGAUAUGAAAUUAAUAGAAGUUUCUCAAUCUCAAUCAGGGUCAAAGGUCAACAAACUUAGUGCAUGUUUUUUUUUCCCUUUGUGAAAAAUUGUUCAUCUUGAUUGUUUUCAAAGUCAGCCAUUAUAUUGUUAUUUUCCUCCCCCCCCC